AUGGCUUCAGGUAUCUUCGGGGGUAUCUUCGGAGCAGAUUCUGCGAAAGUUGAAGCGAACAAGUUCUCUGGGGAUGACGAACCGGUGAUACUCACCAGGGAUGAUGUGAGUGACUUCAACGAGGACAACAUACUCCCACAACCUGCAGAGACCCUAGAUGAAAUCAGAAAGUGGCUGCACCCAACAGCCUACGACGACGAAAGCAGCGAAUACAACAAGCACAUUUCCUCUCAUCUCGCCGGCACCGGACAAUGGCUCCUUGCUUCUCCGGUCUUCCAAACAUGGCACUCCAUCGACCAGCACGGGCUGCUUUGGAUUCGGGGCAUACCAGGAUCGGGGAAGUCGGUCUUUGCAGCCACCCUGAUUCAUCACCUCGCUCAAGAAGGCGUCCCGGUACUGUACUUUUUCUUCCGCCAGAUCAUCGACGCAAACAACAAGCCAGUAUCAGCUAUACGGGACUGGUUGGCGCAAAUUUUGAAGUUCAGCCCACCGUUGCAACUUCGGCUGAAGGGUUUUCUCGACGAGAGCCGUUCCUUGGAGAGUAUCUCCAUUGCAGACCUUUGGAGCCUUCUACGAACUGCUCUUUCCUACCUUCCAAAAGCAUACUGCAUUGUUGACGCACUGGACGAGAUGAACCAAGACGAUGCAAUGGAAGACUUUCUGCAACACCUCUCUACGCUGAGCCAUUGGAGGCCCUCUGACUUCAAAAUUGUCAUCACCAGUCGGCCGGUCCCUAGCGUGGAGAUACCUCUCCGAUUGGCAAGAUCUCUCAAUAUUCGGCUCGAAGAAGAUAUGGUCGACGCAGACAUCGCUGUCUAUGUUCGAUCCCGGCUUUCAGAAUCUGCGAUCCCACCCGGAGACCAUGAAUCCAUCCAGAAAGCAGUCCCAGGCAGGGCGAAUGGCCUCUUUCUUUACGCCAAGCUAGCCAUGGAUGCGUUUCUUCGCCCAGGGGCGCGAGUGAAAGACGUUCUCAAAGAGCUGCCUGACGACCUCAACGUAAUGUACGACAAACUCCUGCGAGAACAUGCCAGACGGUCAGGCGUGGCGGAGCCGAUCCAGCGCAUGAUCAUGCAGUGGGUGACCCACGCAAAUCGCCCUAUGAGGUUACUUGAGCUGGCCGAAAUGAUCUCCUUUUCUCUCAAGAUGUUACGAUAUCCCGAAGACAAACGAGGUCUCAAAGAGAUGAAGCAACUCGUUCGCGCCGCUUGCGGUCCGCUUCUCGAAAAUCUACCCGACGAGACUAUAUGCGUCGUGCAUCACUCACUUACGGAGUUCCUGAACGGAUCGACGCGGGAGGUAGACACACAAGGAUAUCCCAUCCUUGAAUUCGGACCUACCCACAACAAUCUUGCCCUGGCUUGUCUUGCUUACCUCCGAUCUGGAUACCUGGAUGAUGUUGAGGUGGCCAAGAAUCACUUUCUUGCAAACGCGUUUGGUCGGCCACAAGGCGGGAACGUGGACGAGAAAUGGCUAUCUGCUCCGCUCCUCCGGUACGCCGUGUCAAACUGGCACAUCCAUGCCAAGAAGGCUGCUUCCAUAGGAUACGAUCAGACCGAGGUCAACAUUGUCCUAGACAAAUUUUUCUUCGGCGAUAACUUCCGCAAAUGGGGAUAUCUCGCUGGAAUAUGGCACAUUGAAGACGACACCACCCCUCUGCUGACCGCCAUUGUUCUUGGCCUCAAGGAUUACACGAAACAUCUUCUGGAGCGCGCAAAAGUAGGCGAGGAAAUAUGUGUCAACAAGGACAACGAGUUGUGUCUUCCAUAUGCCGCACGUCAAGGUAAUGAAGAGAUUGUGGGCUUGCUCCUGCAAUACUGCAACGACCUGAAUACAUUUGAUCACAGAGGGUUCAACGCAUUGCAUCAUGCAGCUAUGAAUAACUGCCCCGGCACCAUUGUCAAACUCCUCGAUGCAGGGGCCGAUGCGUCCGUCAAAGAUCUGGAACGUAACGAUAUGUUUCACUUCGGUGGCACAUGUAGGACUGGUAAUCACUCUGGGAAUACCGCCUUCCAUCGUGCCUGUGACCGUGGACAUGAAGAAGCUUCAGCCUCGUUUGUGCCGUAUCUGAGAACAUCAGAGGAGCUCAACGUCGCGCUGCAUACCGCAGUCAGAUACAAAAUGUCGCUCGUGGCGGAAAAGAUCCUUGACAACCCCUUGGCUGAUGUCAACGCAAGGCUACAUCCAUAUGAUGGCUGCAACGAUCCUUUCCAUCAAAAUGGUCCACAGAGCUCAUGGGACACACCGCUUUUUACAGCAUGCAAUGUUACCGAUCCUCAAAUGAUCAAGCUCUUACUUGACAGAGGUGCGGAUCCCAACAGCUUGAAGGGGGAACCAGGUUCGAAGGGGAAGUCACCUUUACAUACGAUGGCAGCACCUUGGGGGUCCUACGUGUUUGAUAAGAAAGCCGAGCCGCAGGUCAUCAUUGAGUGCUUCGAGCUGUUGCUGGCAGCGGGUGCCAACGUACAUCAGCUUGACCAGGAAGAUAACACCCCCCUUCACGACGCCAGAGACGCCAUAACUGUGAGGAUACUGCUAGAUGCCGGCGCAGAUCCAAACGCAUUCAACAAGCUGGGCCAGACUUUGUUGCACACCUCGGACAAUACCGAAGUGAUACAGACUCUUCUUGAAGAUUCGGCAGUACGGAAUAGACUGCAGACGACUAGAGGCGAUAACAUCCUACUUUCUUCAUUGAACCGGAAUAGAAACCAACUGGACAAGGCCAUUCAGCUGGUGGAAGCAGGAGCCUACCUACAUGAGACCGAUGCGAACGGUGACGGGGUCUUUCAUUAUCUCGCAAGGCUCUCGGAAGAAAGCGAUAAAACCAAGCGUCUAGUCGAGAGUCUCCUGAGUUCUGGAGGAGACUUUAAUCACCGCAACUUGGAAGGCGAGACGCCCUUGCAUGUCUUGACCUUCAAAUGCCGACUUUCUUUCGGCGAAAGUAGGACAUAUCAAGAUCAUCUUUUCUACAGCCUCUUAGGUGCUGGUGCUCAACUGGAUCUGACGGAUAAAUACGGGCAAACGCCUUUGUAUAAGAUGGUACGGGACAUGGCUUCCUCAUCAACUGGCUCGUCUUCGGACGAUCGAACCCCCGAAGAGCUAUGCCAGAAGAUGACGGCCGCUGGUGCUCUCUUACAGACUACCGAUGCCAAUGGAUACAACCUACUUCAGGGUUACGUCGCAUACGGCGGUCUGAACGCCAGGUUUGUCAAUUACCUCGUCGGCUGCGGAAUCAACCCUCACCACACUGACGAGGCAGGGAACACUCUUUGGCAUCUAGCCCUGGGUUGUGAGAGACGUUACUAUUACUACCGUGAGGUAGAGUACCUGUUUGACGCAUUCAUCGGUACUGGACUUAGUCCAGACCGCCCAGACAUUGAUGGCAAGACUCCCCUUCACCUACUAGGGAGUCGGAAGAGCAGUCAGUUCCGUGAUAAGAACGGAGAGAUACCACUCUUCCACACGAUUCUGGGACUUCAAAAGAACCUUAACCACUCAGACAAACGUGGAGUUACUGUUCUCCACUUGGCUUCGACAUUCUCUGAAUGGCAAGUUCGAAGAUUGCUAGAGACCGGAGCUGACCCCCGGAAGUCUACUCAUGAGGGGUUGACGGCCUUGCACAUCGCCACCAAAAAUCGACAGACUAACAUCGUUGGGAUGCUUAUCGAAGCAUUGAUGUCAUCACCUGCUGUAGAUGAGAUGCCAUCGGGAAUCGACUCGACAGAUUCUCUGGGCAGGACUCCAUUGUACUAUGCCUGUGCGUCCGGAAACAUCGAAACUGUCAAGUUGUUGGUUCAAGCCGGGGCCAAAGUUCAAACAAACAGUUACGAAGGGUCCGCAUGGCAGGGCUGUGUUGAAUAUGAAAAGCUGCACAAGGAAAUGCGCGCUUAUCGUAACCAGGCGGACCUUGAAAAUGUCAUGAUUGCGGACCAAGUUGACCUGCAGUAUAACGACCGAGACUAUCACACCGAGAGGAUCCAUGAGAUUUUGGACAUCCUUGCGAAGUCCGGUGGUGUCCGGGUCGAAGCAAUUGACGAAGCGAUCACUUCUGCAGCGCAACAGAAGCUUGAUUUCAUUGUCGAGUGUCUUCUACAAACUCGGAAAGCCAUCCAACCGACGACAAAGUAUAGUACUGUCGAUUCUGCCGCAGCUGCCUGUCUUGAAAGGAUACGGAUGCGCCAGAAGUCCACGCCAGGAGACGAUUUGCUGCGGCCCCAGUGGCCUUCUCUCGAGUCUUCACGCGCACAAGUGCUUUUAGGACUCAGAGAUCCUGCUGCUGCAGAGAAGAGACUCAUGGAGAUGGACGCCUUAGCCGAUGACGGCCGUGGGAUGACGAAUCUGCAUCGACUGGUGUCGGGUGCCGACACCGCGAAACUAGCGCGGUUGGCAACUCCAGAAGUCAUCUCUAAGCUCGAGAGCCCAGAUUGGGCCAAGCAAAACAACAGAGAUCAAGGAGACAGAUACGUUCCGCCGCUUUUGAUCCACGCUUGUAGCUGUACGGAGCGUAACAUGGACGUCGUUCAAAUCCUUGUCGAGUCAGCUGGCGUCAACUUAAACGCAUGUACCCAAAAGUCGACUUCCAAGCCUGGAUUCUUUGGUGCAGUUACUCCUGGCACAGAAUCAGAUGGCGGCAGUGUGUUACACGCUCUUAUUCGCGGUGGAUCGUGGUGGCAGAUUUCUGAGGCUCUACCUUACCUCGUUAAAGCAGGCGCUUCGAUGGAGGUACGGGACGACAAUGGUCUCACACCGUUGAAUGUGGCCCUCGAACAGAUCGGAAGUUUGACGUUUAACAGAAGGACUGUCGAGACGCUUAUCAAACUUGGAUCAAAUGUUGAUUCUGUCGACGACAAGGGCAUCUCUUGCCUUGCGCGAGCUUCCAAAGAUGCCGAGUUGAUGAGAAUGUUGCUUCAGAAUGGCGCUACGGUGACGCCUGACGCGAUCUCCCAGGUUAUCAACAGCAAAGACCUGGAAACUUUAGAGGCAUUCCUGUCUCAUGGUGCUGAUCCCAACAUACGUCGGGUCACGCAAGAAAAAGAAGAAUCUGGAGCACAAGAUUUCUUCUCCGCCAGGAACGAUCCGUUUGGCCUUAAUCCCUUCUCUGAAGAAGCACGAAAUCCCAGCCCCUUCUUCAAAACCGAAAGUGCUUUCGAGGAACUCACAGACGCGGAGGCGAAAACGAUGUAUCCACUUCACUACGUUGCGCGCAAGACCUCCAAAACACCACACAACCACGCCGAUCGCGAGACUUACGAAGUCAUGGCUCGGACAUUGGUCCGCCACGGCGCAAAUACAUGCGCGAGAUAUCGCAAGACGACCGUUCUUCACCAUAUUCUCAAGCUGAAAUGUUUUCUGUGGCUUUUCCAAGAGCUACCUGCUGCAGAUCUGGAACAGCGCGAUGCUUCUGGCGAGACCCUGUUACUGGCUGCGGCCCAUCGCGAGAACAUGUCGGUUGGCAACUCCGGCGAGCCCGACACAGACUUUGGCAUCACGGUUCUUGGCACCCUUGCGAAGCGCGGAGCGGACAUACAUGCCAGAGAUUAUAAGAACCAGAACGUUCUUCAUCACCUUGUCCGCCGCCGAAAUCCGCAACUUGACAUGACGAACUUCAUCAUCGAGAAAGCUCCAAACCUCGUCAAUCAAGCGUGCGACAAUGGCAUCACACCGUUGCAUUUGGCUGCGUGGCGGCACUUGGAUGAAACAAUGGCUCUGUUGGAUGCUGGCGCAGACCCAUUCGCCCGCGACAACGAGGGAAACACGGCUCUUCACUAUCUUCUCUGGGGCCGGUGGUAUGUGACGGAGGAUGGAAGAGUGGAAGGGCUACGUCGAGAACUGUUCAAGCGGCUUAUCGCAACCGGUGCCGAUGUCAACGCACGCAACGUGAAUGGCGAGUCGCCUGCGUUCUUUCUCUUCCGCCAUAGUGGAGUCACUCAGAAUGGUGUCGACGAAGUCUUCACAGGGCUUGAGGAACAUGUGUUUGAGUUCUUGGUAGAAGCAGGGGUGGACUUGACAAUGGUCAAUCAUGACCAGGAAACACUGCUCCACGUUGUAGCCGCUGAUAAGUCCGGGUCUAAUGAGCGGUCCGAGAAGCGCGGAAACAUGUUUAGAUACUUGGUGGAUAAAGGUUUGGACGUCCUUGCCGAGGACAAGGAGCAAAGGACCCCGUUGGACAUAGCCUCUGCCUUGGGUCAGAAACAUAUCAUGGCGCUGUUUGAUAAGAACGCCGAUGCGGUAGGGACCUCGGAUAUAUUUGGUGGAUUGUAG